CUGACGCUUCGUUUUUCCUUUUUUUUUUAUUCCCGCACUGUAGAUUUUCGUCUGAACAGCCACCGGACUGGACCGAGUCUCUCCAUUCUGUCAGUUUUAACAAGAUUUCUUUUAUUCUGUUAAAGAUUUUAAACAUUCCCAGCUGUUUCAAGUCGGACCCUGUUUCAGUCCCACGUUAUUUUUUUUUUAUUUUUAUUUUUAUUUUUUUUGUUUCUUGCCUACUUUUUCUCUUCUUCUUCUUCUUCUUCUUCUCCUCCCGGUUGGAUUUUUACAAAGGGCGUGUUUGGGGCGAUCUGUACCGGGAGUUUCAUCUCCUGUACUUGAGCGACUCUGAGGAAUGACAGCGACGGGAAAGGGACUGAGAUCCGCCUAGAAUGGAAACGAUGGAUUAUAAGGAGCUCGGACAUCAUUUGGAGGAGAAGCUGACACUAACAGACAAAUCUCUGCCCCUGCAGACGGCGUCUCAGCCCAUCCAGAAUGGGGACAAGUGUUCGGGGAAGGACCCGCUGACUUCAGACGACUCAGCCUUCACAGACCUCUCUCCUAAAACAGACUCCAGCCCCGAGACGGAGACCCCCACCAAGACAGAUGCCUCCUCCAAGACAGACGUCAGGCCAUCCACCCCGGGCAACAGCAGCAGCCCUCAGCCCAAGAAAGAUUCGAUGACCUCAGAGCAACGACAGAAACUCGCCAAGGAGCGGAGAGAGGAACGGGCCAGAUACAUCGAACAGCAAACUCAGCUGCAAGCGGCGAAGAAGGCCCAGUGGCUGGAGAAGGAGGAGAAGGCCCGACGCCUGAGGGAGAGCCAGCUGGAGGACCGCAGGAGGAAGCUGGAGGAACAGAGGCUGAAGGCCGAGAAACGUCGAGCUCUGCUGGAGGAGAAACAGAGACAGAAGCUCGAAAAGAACAAGGAGAGAUAUGAAUCAGCCAUCAAGAGGUCGUCAAAGAAGACGUGGGCCGAGAUCCGCCAGCAGAGGUGGUCCUGGGCGGGCGGACUCAACCAGACCUCCCGCAGAGAAAGCAGAUGCUCGGCCUCCACGGUCAACUUGCCGAGACAGGUGGACCCUGUCAUUAACAACAGGCUGUCCAAGUCCUCUGCCACGCUCUGGAACUCCCCCAACAGAACCCGCAGCCUGCGCCUCAGCCCGUGGGAGAGCCGGAUCGUGGAGCGGCUCAUGACGCCGACGCUGUCCUUCUUGGCCCGCAGUCGCAGCGCCGCCACCCUCCUCAACAACAGCGACUCUCACUCUCACCACUGCUCCCGUUCAGCCUCCGCGAGCCCGCUGAACGCCAGCUCCCAUCACCACCCGCACCAGAGCGCCGAGCGCUGGAGGGUCUCCUCCGCCAGCACGCCGGACAUCACCCAGCGCCAGCGCCGACGAAACUCCACACCGGUGGACAAAAAGAAGAAGGAGAAGAAAGACAAGGAGAGGGAGAAUGAAAAAGAGAAGAUAGCCAUCACAAAGGAGAAAGUGCAGAAGAAGAGGCAGACGGCGUCGCCCACGGCCACGACCACGAGAUCCCGGCCGGAGACCAGCACCCCAAAGCCCAAAAACAGACCUCCAUCACCCGCUGCCCCAAAAAGCCGGCCCCUGUCCCCGCUGGUGCCCGCGGCAGCCUCCAAGACCCCCACGGGCAAGAAGACGCCUCCUCCUGGCACCAAGACCAGACCCAAACGAGCCCAGACGCCGGCCAGGGUCCAGCCCCCGGCGGUCACCGCGGCCGUGGAAACGGGCCACGAACCCCAGCAGCCCGCCGGCCCCGAGGAGAAAAAGAACGUCCCUGCCAUCGUGGUGUCCUCUGCUCCGGUCACACCUCCUUCCCUCAGCCCUCCGGUUGUUUCAGCCGCCUCUCCUGCAGUGUCGAGCGUAGAGCCGACUGUCUCGGCUGCUUCUCCUGCUGCCGCCACUAAUCCUGCUCCCUCUGCUGCACCCACCACCACCACCACCACUACUGCUGCUGCUGCUGCCGCCUCCACCCCGGCCGCUCCGACCAGCAGGCCUUCAGCCGGCACCAACGACCCGGAGGAGGCUGCUCGAGCCCUGGCCGAGAAACGCAGACAAGCCCGAGAGCAGCGGGAGAGGGAGGAGCAGGAGCGUCUGGAGCAGGAGCAGAGGAACAGGGUCCUUCGUGAGGAGGCGAUGGCGCGGGAGGUGGAGGAGAGGAAGCGCAGGGAGGAGGAGGCCCGGUUCAUGGCCGAGCAGCAGCGUCUGAGGGACGAAGCCCAGCGAGCUCAGGAGGAGAAGGAGGCGCAGCAGAGAGCCAAGGCUGAGCAGGAGGAGAACGAGCGGCUGCAGAGACAGAAAGAGGAGGCCGACGCCAAAGCCCGCGAGGAGGCCGAGCGUCAGCGCCUGGAGAGGGAGAAGCACUUCCAGAAAGAGGAGCAGGAGCGUCUGGAGAGGAAGAGGCGCCUCGAGGAGAUCAUGAAGAGGACCCGGAAGAGUGAUGCGGGAGAUAAGAAGGACGUCAAAGCUUCUCCACAGGUCAACGGGAAGGACACAGAGCUCAGCAGAGCUGGAAACCUGCAGAGUCCCGGCGCGGCGGUCCUCAGCCCGUCGGCUCCUGUCGUGAACGGCGUCCAGCCCGCCGCCCACCAGAACGGCGUCUCGGCCAACGGGGAGGCGGCUGACUUCGAGGAGAUCAUCCAGCUGAACAACGGCGGGAACCCGACGCAGACUCAGAGCGGGCUGGUCGGCGAGCCCAUCCUGGCGUUCGAGGGCGGAGAGCCGUUCCUGAUGAAGACAGGCCCCAUGAAGCCUCAGCAUGUCGCAGAGGUCCUGUGAGUCCCCACACAUCCAUGGAGACGCGCCUUAUGUCUCAGCUUGAGCUACGAGAUUCAUGCCACACCACAGCGGCUUAUAAGAAUAGUGUGCCAAACAAAUAAACAAACAAACAAACGAUGAACUGCGCUGAAAAAACUCACAUCUACAGUAUCUGCCACCGAGGACAAAGACGACGAGGAGAAAAAGAAAAAAAAAAAACUCUGCCUGGAGAAAGAAAAAAAAAAACAAACUCAUCUGAAAUAUUAAAAAAACAACAAGUAUUCUCUGUCUUCACCGCGUGUUCUGGUGCAGCAUUUGUCAAGUUUUGCUGAAACGUCACAUGCAGAUUUUACGGUGCACCUUAAAGAUGACUGACUGUGUAACAAAAGUUUUAGGAGAUACAGUAUAAGAUCCUGGAAAAAUACGUAAUAUUUGACAAUGGUUGUUAUUAUUACCGUCGUUACGAUAUUGUUAUUGUUACCUUAAGUUGAACAAGUGUGUGUGUGUGUGUGUUUGUUGUUUUCGUCUUGAAUUAUUGAGUUAUUUAACACGGGGGGAGCAUCGUUAAGGACCGGCCACAGACAGUGUAUGUAAAUGUAUAAUGAGCCCGGCUGCCUCGGCCUCCUGUUACGGGGGAUCUGUGAAAUAAAGCUUUAUGAAAGGGA